AUGAAAAUAUAUCACAAGAACUCUCAGUUUCUUCACAACCUCAUUGUUUACUCACUCACUUCAUUGGUUUGUAGCUUGUUCUUUUCAUAUCCCCAUUGGUUUCCCUCCCUGUGGUUGUCCAUCAACCAUUUUCUCUUCACCUCCCUCCCAAAUAUCUGGUCUUUCUUCUUCAACCCCAAGUGCAUUUUCCUAGUAGGAAACACCAUCAUCCUCUUCCUCAUUGGAGAAUGGAAACUUUUGGGCUCACAGUCUCCAGCUGCUGAGAUUUACGACGAGUAUGCCGAGAGGAGUCGAGCUUCUAGACGAGUACUGUCUGCUCUUCAAGAGGCAAAAGAGAUGGAGUUGGAGAAGAAUUUGGUUGAGGAGAGUCUGCAUAAGGUUGAAGAAGAGAAAGAAGAGAAAGAAGAGGAAGAAGAAAAAGAUGGUGAUGAAGAUGGAGAAGAAGAUCAACCUGGAUUACCAGCCGAGGAACUCAACAAAAGAGUUGAAGAGUUCAUUGCAAGGAUUAAUAAACAAAGGUGGCUUGAAGCCAAAUUACUGGUUCAUGAUGAUAGCAGUCCUGAGGACAUGCAGUUCUAACAGAA